AUGUUGUAUUUUAUGUUAGAGGCACUGCCUAUUUCUUUUGACUUCACUGAAACUGAUAUAAAGUAUAUUUGUAAGAUUUCUGAGCUAAGAUCCCGCUUUGAAAGCAUGCUGAAAUGCAAAUUCCUUGAGUGCAGAAACUCCGAAACACAUUACUUUGAAGCUAUACGCUCAAAGCAGACCAGGGAUGAGAUCAAUUCUAUAAGGAGUAGGUAUUCCAGGGAAAGCUUGGCUUUGAUGAAUGAAUAUACUGCCAGAAUAUCAUUUUUGAAGAAACACUCGUUCCUGUCGGAUUCAAUAACACUCAAAGGCCGAGUUGCUGCUGAAAUUAGGACUGUAAAUGAUGUUCUUGUCACCGAGCUCAUAUUCAACAAUGAGUUUGAGUCUUUUUCGCCGAGCGAGACUAUUGCACUAUUCAGCUCAAUGCUAAACGAAGAUCAGCCGGAAGAAUAUGAAAUAUCUCCAGAACUCGAGGCAAAAGCAAAUAUAUUGCAAAAAUAUCACGACAUUCUUGGUAAAGACUUGGCUGAAAUGAACAUACCCAAAUUCCAAGAACUCAAUUUGAGCUAUAUACAGGCUGUCUAUGACUGGUGUUCUGGAUUAAGUCUUGGGAGCAUUGUUACUAAGCAUUGUAUUCAAGAAGGCUCAUUUGUCAGGCUACUCCUUCGAUUGGAUGAGUGCUGCAGAGAAAUGAUUAAUGUUGGCGAUAUCAUUGGUGACACCAAAAUUAGCGAAAAAUUCUCACAAGCAAGCACAUGCAUGCGACGGGGUAUUGUAUUUUUGCCAAGCCUAUAUAUUGAGUAA